ACAACGCAAAUUGGAUUCCCUCGGAAAAAGAAAACGUUCUGAAACGGAAGUCGAACUGAAUCAUGGGAACAACAUGGCGGAAUGUUUGAAUCGCUGACGUUGUUCCAAAACAACUUGUCUACAUUUCGCUAUUACACGAUGUAUUUAAAUACAUUCUGGUACCUACAUAUCUUUAUAUAAAGUUUCACUAUAAAUGCCAGUUACUGUCCCUGCGAACAAUAUGACAGACGAGAGCAAGCAAGGUGGAGGGAAACCGAAAACAAACAGACUGAGAAGAAGCCCCAAACAAACGCAAGCAACUCCAUCUCUCAUUGAUUUUCCAAAAACCUGUCAAGAUUUCAAGACGCCAACUCGUGUGACAAGAUCAAGAUACAGCAAUGUAUUCAACAAAGGAGAGUCACCAAUGAAUGAAUCAGAACUUCAACAGGAUAUCAUUUGGGAUGCCACUUCCCCUUCACCCCUUAGGACAGUUAGCAAAAGAGGCAAGAAGUACUCUGCAAAUGUUGGAAUUGUGGACAUUUCCGAAAUCGUCAACAGGAUAGCUCCCAAGCAUGGGAGACCUCUAGUUCCGGAGUCAUCCUUGCUCCAGUGGAUUGGAGACAGUGCUAUUCCCUGCACCCCAGAGAUGCAGCAGCCCAGGGCCAAGAAGAAAUCUCCAAGGCCAAAUGGAGUGGAUGACCUUUUAAAGUUGGCGAAACAGUUUGAUUUCAACAUGUUAAGGCAAGACGAAGAACAAGUCAAUGAUAUGCACGAGCAGAGUUUGGAGCUUCUGUCAGACUCGGAGGACAUAUUGAAUUUAGAUGGCAACGAGAACCAGCCUCCGCCCUUACUGAGUAAUGUCACACCUGAAAGCGCACAGUCCGCCCUUAAAACAAACAGCACGGGAAACUCCAAAGACCAGAUACCCCCUGACCAUGAGAUGGAAGAUGAUAUGGAUUUUUUAUUUGAUGGACCAACUCAACACAUAAGUCUGAACUUAAGUCAGAAUUCAUUGCCUCGGUCCUUGGAGGUGAAGACUGCUCCCACUGUGUCCUCCAAAGUCAUUCCUGGAAAAUAUCCAGAUUCCAUACAUGGCCACACUUCGACCGUCUCCUCAUCGCAUCCUGUCAAAAGAAGCUCAGCAAAUAAUAACUUUGACGAUGACUGGGAAAAUGAUGAUUUGCUGGAUGACUCGCUGGUUUUUGAGAUGACCCAAAACCCAGACCUCUUUGCCACUCCUAAUCAUUGUUCAACCCAAAGAGGGUCGAAUGAAACAAAACAUGAAAACAUCAACCCCUCAGCCAUUUCCAAAAAUGCUCUUCAAGGAAGUAGAGACAUAAAACCAGCUAUGUCUAAAGGACAGAAUGAAACUGUGAAAGACAGAAAAUCCUUCAUGCUUGAAGCAAAUCCUAAUGUACAAGCGAAAAGUAUCCUCUCAGAGGCAUUACCAAAAGCAGGGAAUGUCCCCGACACUGUCAAACCAGCACCACAUAGGAACGUACAGCAAAACCAACCAAGUCUCGUUCCAACCAACAAAGCUCAGUCUAUGGAGUCCAGUAACCAACUAAGCCAGCAAACGCAACACCAGUCUAAUGGAAUAAAGGCUUGGCCGCAGGUGCCUCUUUUUCAAAGUACAUCGAGCUCAACCAGCUCAAGCACAAAAACUUCCAACUCUUAUUCAACGUGGCCCCUUCAGGUUGAUAAUAGCUCUUACCACAAGCCCACAGAGAACAACAAUAUGAAGGGAACAAGUGUCAUCAAGGCCCCAGCUAGCCACAUCGUUAUUCCAGAGGACGACUUGGACUCUCUCUUUGCUUCUGACUCCAUCUGGGAUGACGAUGACCUAUUGUGUCAAGCAUGUGAUAACCUGGAAAGCCAGGUACAGAGCAUGGAGGACCCUGUUAUCACACACACCCAAUCCCUGCCCAGUAAUCAGAUGGAAAGACAGAUGUUUGUCCCUGUCUCUGCAUCUUUGAAUAGCAGCAGAUCCAAUGUAAAUCAAACGACCGAGACCACACAAUCCAAAUAUCCCAACAUUUCAGUUUAUUCACAAUCGGCCCCCGGGAACGGUAGCACUUUCACCCACUCUUUCAAUAACUACAAAGUACCUGUUACUGUGGUCUCUGGUUGUAAAAGACCGAGUUACAAUUCCUCAGCUGGAAAUGUUACCGCUAACUCCACGUAUAGGCUACAGAACCCUGCAGCAGGAGAAGGGACAUACCAAAGUACUCGGGUCAAAAGCACUUGUGUAGCUGGGAGCACAUCUAAUCAACAAGUCACUGGGAGUGGAGCGCGGCUGUCGUCAUUCCCGUCACCUGUCUAUGUGACUGAAACCCCCACUCGGUUCAGCUUUAAGAGACCGUCUGGCUGCACGUCCAUCCCUGUGACCAACAAAGCUUUCGCUUCAACCCAAGCAGCUGGGAAAUGUUCUGUGGUGGAGAUUGAACUGAAGAAACAGCAGGCCAUGGAGAGGAGACGGCAACGGAUGCAGACGGCCCACAACCUAAGGGCUCCAACCUGAUUCUGGUACAGUGCACAUAUACAAGAAGAUUCCGAAUUAUAGUUGGACAGUGUUGGCUUACUCUAAACGCUGACUUGUGCUAGACUGACCAUACAGAGCUCUUGAAAGUAAACCUACUAUAGAGUUGUUGUAGCCUCGUACUACCAUAAUGAUCUCUUAGCAAAACAGAAUGUAAGCUCGCUAGUCCAGGAUGGUUGUACGAGGCUAGAGCUGCUGUGCCUUUAUCUCAUAAUUACAUCACUCAAUCCAUUCCUGAAUAAGAUUUUAGUAGUAGUAAUAUAAAUGUUAUUUACAUGAAUGUAUUAACACAACUGUUAAUAAAUCAACUUUUUUUUAAAAAUAAACAAACCUCUUUUCAGGGAGUAUGUUAUCAGUUGUGUUUGCAGAGUAGGCUAAGCAUUUUCAUUAUAUUGUAUAUCAGUUGUGUAAAUUACAUAGCAUCACAAAAUGAGCAGUUUUCUGACAUAAAACACGAGUCGCCUUGUGCUCAGUCAGAAAAACUAUCAUGUUUUAUAUAUUUUAUCUUGUUUUUUUUACAUUGUUUAUAUGUUUGUCAUCUGCACAAUAAUGAAACUGCCUCAAAAGAUGGCACACAGAUAUUAAAGUUGCAAAAGGAUCCCCCCCUUUACCAGA